UCUGCAGGAAGUUGAAGGGGCAGGACUUGAGCUGUAGCCCCGCCACCUCAGGUAGUUGCUCGAUGAGCAUGAUGGUCGUGUAACCCGUGGAGUCUGCUGUUGUGGCCCCAACUGUUGGUCGUGUGAUGGUGCAGAGACGACGCAGCAGCGGAGGAAUUUCAAACACAGGGUGAAGUGGAGAGACUUGAUCAAAAGGAUCUUGGCAGUAGUGGUGUAUUAAAGAAAAGAAAAGAGAUCUAAAAGGAGAAGAUCCUGUGUAUUGGCUGAGCUACUGGGCAUCACUUCUGGAGAUGCAUGACAGGGACUAGGUCUGGUACCACCAGAGAAGUCAACUUUUGACAGAGCAGUGUAGCCUCCUCGGAGGCGUGUCCCAAUGCUAUGGCCUCUAGCCACAGCUCCUCCCCAGUGCCUCAUCUCCACGGUAGAGGCCAAGGUGGGACUUGUCACAAAGACCAUGUUCCCUCCCCGCCUCGCCACAGGAACGUCCGUUCUCUGCCAGACGUAUGUCCCAAGGAGCCCACAGGUGAGGGGCGUCUGUGUGAUGGCCCUUCCGUGGUGGCUGAACACGACAGGUGGACGGUGUAUAACUCAAAGGUCAAUCUUCCUGCCGCGCUUAAUGACCCGCGGCUCUCCAAGCGGGAGUCGGACUUCUUCACUAAAACAUGGGGGCUGGACUUCGCUGAGACGGAGGUCAUGCCGUCCUUCUUCCUGCCCAACAUCACACAGGAACAUUUCACAGCGUACCUGCAGGAAACUGCUCAGAGAGAAAAAAUCCAUGAACGCUGCAAAGCUAUCUGUCCCAACAAAGAGGACUUGGAUGCCAUCUCCAGCAUCACCACUAAUCACGAAAAAUCCAGAGCUGAGCUGGAUCAAGUCCCAAAGAUCUUCCUGAAGCCAGACUUCGCUCUGGAGGAGCCAGCCACCUUCAGCGCCGUCCUGCCCUGGUCGCACUUCGGCGGCACGGUGGGAAAAAGCAGUCGAGAUGUGGCUUCAUCCAAACUGCUUCAGGAGAAGCUGAGUCACUACCUGGAUGUGGUGGAGGUUAGCAUUGCACGGCAGAUCUCCAUGCGUUCCGAUGCCUUCUUCCACGCCAUGUCCUCCCAGCAUGAGCUGCAGGACCGCCUUCUGGACACGCAGCAUGCCGUGGCCGUGCUGCGGGAGAAGACAGCCGCCAUGGAGCGCGUCAUGUGCCUGGGGCCCCUGAAGGCCCUACGUGCAGCCCUGACGCGUAACAACUGUGUGAAGUUGCACAACAAGUUAAAGCUGAUGGCAGCGGUGCAUCAGACACAGCCCACCGUGCAGCUGCUCCUCUCAACCUCUGAGUUUGUAGGGGCACUGGAGCUCAUCGCCACCACCAAGGAGGUGCUGCAGCAGGAACUUCAGGGAGUCCACAGUUUUAGACACCUGGGUUCACAGCUGUGUGAGCUGGAGAAACUGAUCGAUAAAAUGAUGGUGGAAGAGUUCAGCAUGUAUGCUCGUAGUGACCUGAGCCGCAGCCUGAGGGACGAACCGCAGAUUUUAGAGAAGGAUCGCCUGGAGUCACUGGCGUUUGGACUGCUGAGACAGAGGAAGCUGGACUUUCUGGAUAUCUACACUGAGGAGAUGAUGCAGGCAGCCAAGGCCGUGGUCACUCAGUGUGUGGCGGAAAGUCUGACCUUUAACCAGGAAGUUCACACUGAAGGUGUUGCAAGACCAGCUGAUCAGAUGCGACUGAUGGCCUUCCCUCAGUGGUUGGAGCUGCUGAAAGACAUCUUUGACAGUUUCAUUUUUUUCUUGCAGAGGAUCAAAGCCACGCUGACUGUCAUCAGAAACGUUGUUCUGGAGGUUCUGAGCUCAAGCCAGAAAAACAGGCUCCUGGGGGACAUGGGUCCAGAAUCUUCCGGUCAGGAGUCUACAGACCUGUCGCUGGUGCAAGGGGAGGCAGAGCUGGCCUACCUCACCCACGAAGGUCUGUUCAUCAGUGACGCCCUGGACCAGGCCCAGCAACGAAAACAGCAGCAGACAAUGGCCCAGGACCAGAGCUCUGUGCAGGGCUCCAGGCUCCAGCAAGGCCCCCGGUCAGAGGCCCCAUUCGGAGGAACCACAGACACCUUCGUCUGCAGAGAACAGAGCCUUGUGUCUGGAGAAAACCCCAUGCCCACAGAGCUGGAGUUGAACACUGUCAUCAACAACAUCCAGGACCUGCUGUACACGGCAUCGAACAUCAGCCACGACCGCUGUGUCAAAGUCCUUCAAGCCAGAGCCAAGGACGGCUCUCUGGAACGCCUCAGCUCAGCAGAGUUUGUGACUCUGUCUCAGGCAGUGGAAGCUUUUGUCAGGGAUACAGAGGAGCUUUGCUGCAGGCGAAGUGUCUCUCUAAGGGGGGCGCUGCAGAGCCAGGCCAACCGCUUUGUUCACCGCUUUCAUGAAGAGCGCAAGACCAAACUGAGCCUCCUCCUAGAUAACGAGCGCUGGAAGCAAGCAGAGGUUCCUUCAGAGUUUCAGGACCUGGUCAACUCCAUAGCUGAGGGAAGGAUCACACUCCCAGAGAGGAAAACCGCAGGUCCAGACCAGAGGAAACCUGCCGAGUUUCUGAUCAUAGACGGGCAAAAAUACGCUGUUGUUGGGACAGUCCUGCUGCUCAUCCGGAUCUUCCUGGAAUACUGCCAGUGCGUCAAUGACAUUCCCUCUAUUGCUACAGACAUGUUGACACGGCUGUCUGAUCUCCUCAAGCACUUCAACUCUCGCAGCUGUCAGCUGGUUCUGGGAGCUGGAGCUCUGCAGGUCGUUGGCCUCAAGACCAUCACCACUAAAAACCUGGCCUUGGCGUCCCGCUGCCUACAGCUGGUGGUUCACUACAUUCCAGUCCUUAGAGCUCACUUUGAGAAAAAACUGCAGCCCAAACACUUCAGUGUUCUGCGACACUUUGACCACAUCACUAAGGACUACAACGACCACAUAUCAGAGAUUUCGUCCAAGCUGGUGGCCAUCAUGGACAGUCUCUUUGAGAAGCUGUUGUCAAAGUAUGAAGUGAAGGCCCCAAUGCCAUCGGCCUGCUUCAGAAAUGUCUGUAAACAAAUGGCCAAGAUGCAUGAAGCCAUUUCUGAACUCCUACCUGAGGAACAGAUGCAGGUGUUGUUUCUGAGAAUAAAUGCUAGUUUCAAACUUCACCUGAAAAAACAGUUGUCCCGACUGAGCGUCAUCAAUGAUGGAGGACCACAACAUGGGUUGGUGGUGGUGGAUGUGGCAUUCUACACUGAGAAUAUUCAGGUUCUGCGAAGCCUGGAGAACCUGGACCUGAACAUGGCUGAGAUCUGGGAGCAGAAGAGGUGAUGGGGUCGGAUUCUGCACGUCCAGGACUCAACCAAUCAACUAACAGGAACAGGCGCUCCGCUUCCUCUUGACAAAAGGCGCAGUCAAAGGGACCAAAAAUAAGAGGAACUGCAACCCCUCGUGGCAAUGUGCAGUCCUACGGAGACAGACACAGCAGCUCUUCAGUGGGCGUGGGCUGACAUGGAACAAACAUUGGGUUUUUGUUGUCUCUGUUGAAGGGAUUUUUUUAAAUAUUUGAUUAUUGACUGGGGAGAAAUGCAAUGAUUGGUGGAGGAAACACAUGGCUCCGCCUCCUCACUCUAAAACACUAGUAGAGUUUCAGCUACAGUGGCUGCUGCUUCUACAUCUUUACUGUGACCUUAAGUGUCCUGUGUCUUCAGUUUGUAUUUUUAACAUCUGGGAUUUCCGGCUCAGACGUUUCUAGAAAGACUGUUCUCUUACCACCUUCCUGUUUAUUCCAAUAUAAGAGCUUCUAAAUCGUCUGAAAUUCAGAAGAAAAAAAGGUGGAUUGAGGUGGAUUUUUUUUUUUAAUGUGACAAUGAUUUCACUCUGGGCUUCAAUCAAAACUUCUGCUGCAGUGUUUUAAGAAGUUCUUCAUUUUUAUGGCCACAAAAGUUUGCAAACAACUCCCUUUUCCACAACAGAAAUCUGUGAAGGGAACUGAUUUUAUUUUCCAUUCCAAUGAGUCAUAAAUCAGCAUCUGCACAGAUGUCUAUGAAAUCAGAUAUAUCUUUCUAUCUAUCAGUUCUGAAUCAACUUUUCUGUUGGACUGGUUUGUUUUCAAAGACGACCACCUUCCUGCAGAUCCUUCUGUUUCUGCUGUCAGUUUUAUAAACACUGUGGUCACUCUGGGCUUCUGUAGCUGAGGCUGAGCCUGGUCUCUGUGUGUCUGUGUGUGUAUUUAUGUUGUGGUGAUGCAAGCACAGCAUCAGAAGUGCCUUUAUUUAAUUGACACAUCUGAGCUUCACUGCAGCGUGACGACCAUACUACUGUGUGUGUGUGUGAGUGAGUGAGUGAGUGAGUGAGUGUUUGUCAGUCUGGAAGAAAAACUGUCUGGAAUAAAACAUGAUGAAGGAAAAA